AUGGGAUUUGAUUACUACGGAAUACUGGGAGUGAAACGUUCGUGCAAUCAAUACGAAAUAAAACGGGCCUACCGCCGCCUCGCGCUCAAAUACAAUCCGGAAAACUACAACAACGACGAGAAUAUGAAACGUAUAUUUGCCCUAAUAGGGGAGGCUUACGAAGUAUUAGUGGACCAUAGACUUAGGGCUGUCUACGACCAGUACGGCGAGGAAGGUCUCAAGAGAGGCGUGCCGGGCCCGACGGAGUAUAUCCAACCGUACGCGUACCACGGAGAGCCGUUGAGGACAUUUCACGAGUUCUUCGGUACAACAAAUCCCUACGCCGAUUUGUUAGAUUACUACGAAAACCCUCCACCGAUGUUCGAUUCGCCUCUUGGCAAAGGGUACAAAGAAAAGGACGAGGCAAUCGUUCGACCCCUAGCCCUUUCUCUAGAGGAAAUAUACAGAGGAUGCCUUAAAAAGAUGAAGGUACAGAGAUUGGUAUUCACGGACGAAACUUGCUCGGAAUUGAAACUGCGCGAGAAAGUUUUGUCCAUACCGAUAAUGCCGGGCACGUAUCCGUGUACAGAAAUACGGUUUAAGGAGGAAGGCGACCAGGGUCCUACUAGGAUACCGGCCGACGUCGUCUUCGUGACCGAAGACAGAUCCCACGAGACGUUCAUUAGAAGCGGCCUGAGCGAUCUGCUCUACGUACAUUCAGUGUCCUUAGAAGAAGCACUGUGCGGGGUAACGAUCACCCUGAAAACUUUGGACGGAAGAACUGUCAGGAUCAAGAUCAAUGACGUCAUAAGUCCGACUUACGAAAAGAUUGUCGAAGACGAAGGCCUACCGAUACCGGCAUGUCCUAACAAAGCGAAGGGCAACCUCAUCAUACGGUUCCGCGUCGAAUUCCCAGAGUACUUAUCGGAUAAAUCCAGGAGAUCCUUCAGGGAAGCGUUCAAAGUUAAACAGAUGGAGGACAAAAAAUUCAUGAAAAUGAAAUGUGGGACUUUAUCCACUGAGUCAGAUUAA